CUAACUGUCACUGACAUCCCCAGUGACACCAAUACAGUGGUCAGUGCUAAUAAAAAGCACUGACACUGUACUAAUGACAUUGGGCAGGAAGGGGUUAACAUCUGGGGCGAUCAAAGGGUUAACUGUGUGCUGUGUGUGUUUUACUGUGUGCUGUGUUUUACUGUGUAUGCACGCUGCUUUGUAUUGCUCUGCUAUGCAAAGCAAUACAAAGCAGUGUGUUGGAGCUGACAGGGGAGAAAUCUGUAUUGUUUUCAUACAGACUUCUCCCCCAUCAGUGUUCCUUGGAGAUCGCCAGGUGCCGGUGGGGAAUUCU